AUGUUGUACAGCCACGUGACAUUGUUGAUGUUGCGCGUGGUGGAUGUGGUGGCAAAGACAACAGUACAACAAUCCGCCAAAAUGCUGGUGGGCGAGGUGCCCGGCGACAUUCAGGUGAGUGUCAUACGUGUCAUGAUAAGUGGGUUUUGAUUUCUGGAAGUUGUUUUAGAUUAUAUAUGCUACAGAAUUGGUGAGAAAUAGUAUAUUAUGGUAGUUAAGGUACUUUUCCACAUAAAGUUUUUUGCAAAAAAAAGAUAGACACUUGAAAUUGUAAGUAGUAGUAAGCUCAUGUACAUUGUUAAACAAUAGUCAAGGCAGAACUUCGAAAUUUAGAUUAAUUUCGAAAAUAUUAGAUUGUUCAAAUAAUUCUGCGCUAGCUAGUCAAGAAAAUUUGCUGUAAUAGGGCCUCAGAAUUUUUAAACAGCAAAGUAUACUCAAAAUUAACUUUUUAAAUUAUUUUUUGCAGAAACUUGAAAUAAUUUUUAAAACCUUGCCUUACAUUCCCACCCACAUGUCUCGAUUACGCGUGUUACCGCCUUCGUCUCUUCUUUUGUUUAUUUGAGCAGGAAUCGUCUCCUUCAACUUGUAGCCAGGAGUUUCAAUUUCAGUUAUUUUCCAACCCUUUUCUGUAGCCAAAGGCGGAUUCUGUUUAUUUUUUAUUCAUUCAAAAAUGAAUUCGAGAGCAAAAAACAAUGGCACAAUAAUAGGCUUGUGAUUAAGAGCCAUCAAGUUCUACAAGUGUUUUUGCAAUUGCUAAAUACGAAAAAAACAAACUUUGAGCUUUAAUCUGAUCAAAAGAGCAAUUUCAAUUUGGCGUGAAUUCAAAAUUUCAAAAAAAAUUAAAACCUGGUUUUAGAAAAUGAAAAAAUUUGUAGCUCACAAAGAAAGUACUCAGCCUGCCAUGCUCAGAAUCAGCUCAAAAUUUUUAUAUAAAUUCGUUGUACCACCAUAAGCUUUCAUAAAAAAUUUUAGCUCAUGUUUUCAAGUUUUAAAUUUUAAAUAUUUGAGUUUCCCGCCAAUUUGGCAAUUUUUACAUUGCGUUUCAAGCACUUUUUUCGACUUUCCGAACAAGCUACGCUUGUAAAUUUAAAAAUUUAGGUUCAUUUGAAGGUUUUCUACUAGUAUAUCAAAGAAAAAUGAUUAAAAGCGAGAAAAUGACAUUGUUAUAAGCGUGAAACACAAUGCCAAUUUGGCGGGAAAUUCAAAACGUAAGCUUUUUGCCCUCGAUUUUCUCGAGAUUGGCUAGAAAGCGCAAUUUAGUACUUUGCUGAUCAUUUUGUAUUAACAUGAUCUUUUCAUACAAAAGCUUGAAAUCAACCAGAGCGGGACAGGUCGGGUAUCUUCCUUGUUAGUAGAUCAAAAGUCAAACAGUCCUCAUGAUUGUCAUGUCGUCUAUCUAAUUUUUUACUUAUAAAACAUAUUUUCGAAUAGGUAUUGAAAAAAUACAUUUUCAUAGUAUACACAUUGUGACAAAACUCAGCAAAAACCUACCGUAACUUUCAGAUUGGUGCUUUGUUUCCAAUGCAUCGUCAAAUCGCUGGUACUGAAGCGUGUGGUGCCAUCUGGGAACAGUACGGCAUUCAACGAGCCGAGAUAGCAGUGUUAACAGUGAAAGAACUCAACAAGAUAUUACCAUUUCGAUUAGGGAUAACAAUACGAGACUCUUGUUGGACGGAACGAAUAGCUAUGGAACAGGUAUCGCCUUUAAGCUCUUUGUAUUUAAAUUGACAAUUAAAAAUAUUUAUUACCUAAAAAAUCAAUUUCCAGACGAUAGGCUUCCUCCGAGAAGGUGUCCAACAAUGUUCAUGUUGUCAAACAGCCGGCUGUCAGAAGAAAGCCAAUCCAGUCGUAGCCAUCGUGGGACCAGCAAAGUCAUCAACAACCAUAGCUGUCCAGAAUGUCCUCCAAGUCUUCAGAAUCCCUCAAAUUGGCUACGGUGCGACAACUACAGACUUGAGCGACAAAGAACAGUUUGGGUACUUCUUGAGAACAGUACCAUCUGAUGCGUGGCAAGCUAUGGCCAUAAUGGAACUACUCAAGUACUACAAUUGGACCUAUAUCGCUGUAGUUUACUCCGCCGGUAAUUACGGUGAAAAGGGGUUCGAAGCGAUGGAAAGAUUGAGUAGAUCUGGAGUUUGUAUCGCUCAUACUGAGAAGGUGAAGAGUCUGGGAGAAAUAAACGACUACAUUCAGGUACACAAGAAACUUCUGAAUUUGAAGCCACGACCUCAGGUUGUGGUAUGUUUCUGUGAGGGAAUGAGUAUGACCAAGAUAUUCAAAGCUCAGAAAGAAUUGAGGAAGAGGACGCCAGAGCUCCACACGUUUCAAUGGAUCGGUAGCGACAGUUGGGCUGAUCGGUAGGUUAUUUUAUUUUGGGUUUGAACACAAAUUUUUGUCAAAACAUAGGGCAGAGGUUAAUAAGGCACAUCGAAAAAAAUUAUUUUACAAAUUCAAACCUACAAUCAUAUGCCAUUUCAGAUUGGAUGUUGUAGAAGGUGUAGAGAAUGAAGCUGCUGGCAGUUUUUCGAUCAGAAUUCAUUCUCCAAACGUCGAAUCCUUCAAACCAUACUAUUUUUCCUUGAAUCCUGUUAAUCACACUUGGAAUCCGUGGUUUCGAGAGUUUUGGCAACAGAAGUUCAAAUGUCAGCUAAUGGUACCAAAAGACGACACAUUGACACCGGUUUGUACUGGAAAGGAGAAUCUGACCACCAAUUAUGAACAGGUAUGACUGAAAUUAUAUGUAGAUACUUAAAAGUCGCAGUUUGGUACCUUAAGUCAGAAGUUUUGUACAUUUUGUUACCUAAAAUAAUAUUUUUCAACCAAACCUUUAAUGGACAUAUUGUUGUUGCAGGAUCCAAAGCUGUCGCAAGUAAUAAAUUCAGUUCGAGUAGUUGGACUAGCUUUGAAAGCUCUACAUCGAGAUAAAUGUAAAAGCUACAACACCAGUAUUUGUCCUGAAAUGGAGUCCAUCAAUGGUACUCUACUAUUCCAAUACAUGAUGAAUGUCACAUAUACAGAUCGCUUCGAACAAGACAUAUCUUUUGAUGCUAAUGGCGAUCCUCCUGCUUGGUAUGUCAAACUAAAAUGUCAUUUUUUUGGCAUUAAGCUAAUAUUACUUUUCCAAAUUUAAUUAUUAUCUCGCUCACAUAAUGCUGUGCCUCCUAACAUCAAAAUUUUCUUUGAGAGGGGGCCGAGAAUUAUUUGAACAACCUAAAAAUUCUAAAAAAUACUUUUACAUAGGAAAUUCAACCAAUACUUUAAGGUAUGACAUAUUGAACUACGUCGGCCGAAAAGGCUUCCGAUUAGCCGGUCAUUUCCGCCAAAACAGAACUGGUCAACACUUCCUGGCGAUGACAAAAGAACCCAUCAUGUUUUACGACAAAACCUCGAAAAUGCCAGAAAGUGUGUGCAGUAAGCCUUGUCGAGUGGGACAACGAGUAAGUACCUUCCUUUACAUUCAUUCUGUGUUUAGCAACGGAAAACGACCGCUUGUUGUUGGAUCUGCGAGGCUUGUUCCGAGAACCAAGUGGUCAACUACACCUCGAACUUGUGCGAAGAUUGUCCGUUAGGCUAUUGGCCUAAUGAAAAGAGGACUAGUAAGUCAUAUUGUUUUAGUUUGAGGAUUAUUGAUGUUUUAAGGUCUAAAAGCAACAUUUUUCUCCAUUUUUUGCUAUUUUUACUUAAGUAAAAGUUUUAUUUCAAACUGGUGCACUUUCAUUUUUAAAAUAUCUGAAUAAGCUUAAGAAGUGUAUUUCUUACGCAAAUGGUUAAAAAGUUAGGCGUAAUUUACAAAAAUGUUUGAAUUCUUUUGACUCAUUACAGGUUUAGCCGCUGAAUAAGCAAGUUUAGAGAAAUUCGUUGAUCUUUCAGCCAUUUGAUUACCAAAGAUCUCAACAAACUCAUGAUCUAGGCCAGUACAGCUGAAAUGCACGCACAGGAACCGAACUUGCGGGCUUUCGCGUAGAAAACAAAACGAAUUUCCACUGCGCUAUAAAAACACGUUUCUUCUCUUGCUCGCUUUUGAUGGGGAAUGUAUUUGUGUGGGUAGACUACGUUAAGAAGAGGCCUUAAAAUCGUUUUUUGUCUAAAAAUAUUUUUUCAAACAAAUUUUAUUAUUUUACAUAGUUUACGACCUGUUUUUUAAGCAAAAAAAUUAUUUUCAGGCUGUUACGCGUUACCCCAUGAACACUACGAAAUCACGACAUUGUCGUCAAUCAUUGCCUUGAUCAUAGCAACAAUUGGCAUCUUACUGACCCUUUUAACCGUCGUCAUCUUCGUGAAUCACAAUGGAACUCCAGUUGUGAAGUCGACGACAAGAGAGCUGUCGUAUAUUAUUUUAGGUGGAAUCAUUGCUUGUUAUGCUUCGACUUACUUUAUAUUGGGACGACCGAACCCAUUGACGUGUUUUGUCGCCAGAACCUUACCUCCAAUUGCAUUUGCUGUCAUCUACUCGGCUUUACUGACUAAAACCAAUCGAAUCGCAAGGAUUCUGGCGGGAUCGAAGAAGCGGAUUCUGACCAAGAAGCCUAGGUUUUUGUCCACAUUUAGUCAGGUUAUCAUAACAUGGUCUUUGGUAUUCAUACAAUGCGUUAUUGUCGCGGUUUCAGCCAUGCAGGUGGGAUUUUUGGAGCUUUAUUGAUUUUACGUUAUUUUAGGUAAUAAUUUGAAAAUUUCGUAAUUUGUAGUGUAACAAGUUAUAGUUCAAUAGGUAAUGAUUUUUUUGCUUUAGGAAUUCCCUCAUGCUGGCUUUGAUGAACACUUUAUGCCACAAAGAAUGGUACUCAUAUGUGCAGCUUCGAAUUUAUGGGUAAUGGUACCAUUUGUGUGGAACUUUGUCCUCAUUGUGUUUUGUACUUUAUAUGCUGUCAAAACACGGAAUCUACCUGAAAACUUUAAUGAAGCAAAGUUUAUUGGUUUUACUAUGUAAGUUAUGAUGUAAUACAGUAAUUUGGGCGGUCACAACGUGAUCACAGUGCUAUAAAAAGGUUCAAAAAAUACUUUUUAAGUACUGUAUUUUGUUAACCAUGUUCUUCAUUUUUUUCUCUUAUUAUAUUCGUUUACUUACAGGUACUGUACAGUGGUAGUAUGGGUAGCCUUUGUUGUGUUAUAUCUUGGCACAGUCAACAAAGCCUUGACCAUGUGUUACACGUUUAGUAUAUCAGCGACAAUAGCUUUAGUUUUGCUAUUCUUUCCCAAAGUUUAUAUUAUUUUAAUACAUCCGGAAAGGAAUGUCAGAGCUUCGUAUACGACGACAAAGUUAAUCAGAUGUCAUUUUGGCAACUCUCAAGGCACUCAAGAUUCCAAACAUGCUAGUGCCAAAACACGGCAUUCGUCACAAAGCAUGUCUAUUAGGUGAGUUUGGGUUUUUAAGUAGGUUUUGUUGGUCUUACUGAGAAUACAUAAAGCAUAAUUGCUUUUUUUUAAAUUAUGGCACCAAUAGUUAAAUACAUGAUGAAUAGCUUUUUAAAUAUGCCUAAGUAAAUUGGGACUGAUGCCAGACAAGAGAAUGCAUAAAUAUUUCGACUUUCUAUCGCAUUUCUUUUUGCAAUGACCUUUUGUUUUUCGAUCGAAAUCAAAUGAGAAAACGAAAAGGAAUUGAAACGUUCCUCGGUAGUAUAGUGGUAAGUAUCCGCGCCUGUCACGUGCGAGACCCGGGUUCGAUUCCCGGCCGGGGAGGAAAGCUUUUUGCUCCUUUUGUUGUAAAUUUUUGAUUUUUAAUUUCGGUUAUGAUUAAGUAUGUUAAGAUAUAAUACAGGUUUGGAUUAAAACUAAAUAAUUUUUUUAGAAAAAAAAAAUAAAAAUUGCUUUUUCAUGCUUAAAUGAAGGUCAAUAUCAAUUUUUGUAAAAUAUACCACUGAUUGUUUAAAAACGGGUUCUAUCUUACCGAAUUUACUUUAUAAAACAGUAAACUUCUGAUUGAUGAUUUACUUAUGAAAGUAAAAUCCACUAAAUUUUAGUUCAUCACGAUACCCAACAAGAACAGCAUCGCUUCAUAUUAUGAAUCAGUCACCUUCUGGCUCAAUGACUAACACAACACCAGCCUUGCCAACCCAAUUGAAAGUAGUGGAGUCUGGUACACAAACAGAGCCAAACAGUACCAAAUUCAUGCGAACCUUUUCAGUGAUGCAAAGUAAACGGAGUAAGGCGUUGGACGAAGAUGUUCUGAAUCUGAUCGAAUCCUGCAAAAGAUAUACGGUCAGUUUUGGCACUUUUAAUCUUUUUUGAUUAGUAUGAUAAUAUAAUGUAGUAGAUAUUGACAUAAAGUACAUUUUGUGAGAUUCUUAUUUACAUUGUUUAUAUUGCACUUUAUGUUAGACGUUACAGUAGCAUAUUGCUGUAGAACUUGAGUUGGCACAGCAAACCCUUACCAAUGUUUCCAAAACUUACGGUUUAUCAUUUUGAUAGUUGAUAAUUGGUAUUUGUUGAGUAAUGUUGUGCCUUGCACUUUCACAGUUCGAAACAUGAUAAAAUAUUUGGGAAAACAUGCUGUUUCGACAAUUUCUUUUUGCACUCUAUUCAAAAGUCAUGGUUAUAAGUGCGAGAUAGCCUCGAUUCGAACAUGUCAUAGUUGGUUUAUACAUUUUGCUGAUUGGGAGGUUCUUAAUGUAGAUAUCUAAUAGUCUUAUAUAAGAUAGAUAUCUACUAGUCGUAUGGUUAAUAUAUUAGGAAGGUAACAACAGUUUUCGGUUUGAUUUGUACUGUAAAAUUAUGAUGUUCUUACUGUAACGCUUUAUAUAAAACAUUACUGUAGCCUCUUAUGUACAACUUUACCCUAGAAAAGAAGUUUUUGUACUGCAACACUGAAUAUCUUUACCUUAACCUAAUUGAUUUUUUGAUAACUUUACCGUAACCCUCUUCCCCUAUUCUUUCGUAUGUUGUGUCGAUUUUAGCGUCAGCGUGCAUCGUUCGUAGCUACGUUAUCACCGAGGGAUCUGGUCGAUCUAGAGCCGUCCACAUCGGCACGAUGGAGAUCUUUGUCGCCGAGAAGAGACGAGUAGGUACUUCAAGUGGAUAUUGUUGUCCUUUGUAUUGUACUGGCUUUAGUAUGUUGUUAUAAGGGCUGAACCGCUUUUUUAUACCUAAUGUAACGUGUUUUUGGUUAAAUUUUUGGUUUUCCUUUGGCAAGUCUGUAAAAGUCGUGGAUGUAUAGUUGUUUUCAGGUGUUUUGCCUUGAUUAAAAGCAUUGAUAUUGAGGAUAAUCUUGGUCAUUAUAAUUUUGUCGCAAAAGAAACUUGUAGAAGCAGCUUGUUUUGCUAAAUUUCAUCUUAUAUUACACUCAUUUCCUUUAAUUUUGCACUUUUAAGUUCACAUUCUUGGUUUUUUUGGCAGUUAUUUUACUUUUUUUUAAACUUUUUUUUGGCAUUUUUCAUUGGUUUGAGCAUAUUUUAAUUUCCAACCUACCACAGCAUGACCCAUCUUAUACUCUAAAAGACUCUUACAGGACGAACGAGUGAGCAAUGCCAACGUCCAGAACCUGUUGUUGGAGGAGGAGGUGGAGGAAGAGGAGGCCGAGAGUUCGUUGGGUACGAUCGAGAAAGGGAUGAGAGCCGUGCUACAGACUGUGUCACGACCGUCACUCGACUCCAGAAGUGCGUCGAUUGGGCAGAAUCGCGAUUCGCCCAAGAUGAGUAUGCUUCGACCACAAAGUGCUGCUGCUGGUACUCUCAGGCAUCGACAUGCUAGCACGCCGAAGCCUUCGAUCUGCUCGGAGAUACUGUCAGAGCAUAGUGAAGAUAAUACUGUGUCUUCGGCUCAGGUGCUCUUUGGCGACAAUCAGUUCGAACAGGUUGGUUUUGAUUCACCUAUAUUUAAAGAUAUUUUAUGUUAGCGAUGGUAUAGAUUGUUCAUAUAAUUCCGUGCUCUUUUUGAAAGAAAAGUUUUAAGGUUAGGGGGCACAGUAUUAUUUUAACAACUUAAUAUUACAAUUUCGAAUAUUUUUGUCGUUUUUAAGCAGGAGAAGCUUUGUUAAAGAACGACAAGACUUUUUAUAUAAAUUAUACUAUACUGACUUUUAUAUACAUUUAUAUAUAUUACACUAGUCAUUUUCACGAAAAUCUAGUAAUUAUCUGCCCCAAUUUCUAAAUGUAGCGUUAUUGCAACCCUAGGUAUCAAGAUUUGUUUAGCUGACCCUAAACUUCACGCCGUACCAGGCACGGUGACUUCGCUUUUCCUCAUUGUUUUUAUCAAACUCGAAACAAUACUGAUUAGUCUUGUUUUUAUAAACACGAUUUGAAUACAGAUAAUGGGCAUGAAAAGGGUGGCAACCAAACCUGACAAGUCCUAUAUAAAUGGCAAAGUUACAAUUUGGGAAAGUUGGGUUUAGGGAGGUUAUAGUAACUUUUAGUAUUGGAAGUUGUUGUGAAAAUAUUGUUAAUAGUAGCUUAUUUAGUAGCAGAUAGUAGCUAAAAAUGUUUGUUGUAAUAUUUAAUAAGCAGUAGUUGGCAGAGUAUAGCAUUCUUAGUAAUAGCGAGUAAUAGUAGUAGUUAGCAGCUUAUAAUGGCAGCCAAGGUUAACAAGGAAAGUGCUCGACUUGCCCGCUCUGAUUGACUUCAAACUUUUUAUAUAGAAAAUGCAUGUAAAUAUAAGACUUUUAGACAAAGUACUAAAUCACGCUUUCCAGUAAACCUCGAGAAAAUCGAGAUCAAAAAAUUACGUUUUGAAUUUUCCGCUAAAUUGGCAUUGUGUUUCAAGCUUAUAACUUUGUCAUUUUUUGACUUUUAGGAAUUUUUUCGGUAUACUAGUAGAACACUUUUAAAUUCGUAAGCGUAGCUUGACUGGAACAUCAAAAAAGGGCUUGCAACACAAUGCCAAAUUUGCCAAACUGGCGGUAACUUUACAUAUUUUUAUUUUUAAACCCAAAAACGUGAGCUAAAAUUUUUAAUGGGUACUAUUGGUGAUACAAAGAAUUCGUAUAAAAAUUUUGAGCUGAUUCUGAGUGGGCCAGGCUGGGUACUUUCCUUGUUAAUUUGGCACUAUGUUUCUAAAACUUACCGUAUUUCUCAGCGAGGCAGGUAUUUUCCUUGAAAGUAAAAAAAUGGAGAAAAUUUUUAAAAAUUGAUAUUUGGUCUACAAAUUUAAGAUUUUGCAAAAAGGUUCAGUUUUGGAAUGUAAUUUUUUAUUGGAAAAGUGUUAUCACCUAACUUAUCGUAAAACCUUUAUCAGCGUUCGUCUUCUUUAAUGGCGAAACAAUGGGCGGUCAGAAUGAAUACAAUACUAUAUACAGGGUGGUCAGUCAGAAUGGUUUAUACUUAUAGCUUGUACUUAUAGGCUGUAUAUCUUACUUUGUAUAGAUAUUAUUGUAGGUUUUAUUGACUUGGGAGAGGAAAUGAUAUUAAAAUAUCAAAAACGGCCAAAUUUGUGAUUGAUUACUGUAAUUUUAUGCAAAUUUAGAUCUUUUUCUUUUACUUAUAAAUCUACUUUUAGCUUCUCCGAAGCCGCGGCGUCCAACCAGUCCAGCUAAGCAACGCGACUCAACUCUAG